GUUGAAUUCUGUUGUUUGUAACUUGCGUGACUUGUAAACACUUGUAAAGUGAAAACGAAAGUUAAAUAUCAUAAACAUUUUGACAGUUAUGUAAAAGAAAUUCAAUUUUUUCUCAAUUUUAUACUAUAUAAAUAUAUAUAGAUUUUGAAUCAAAAUCAUUAUAGAAUCGGAAUUUUUUUACAUUAUGGACGAAGGAAGAAAUACGAGAGGUUUAAUUCAAAAUAAAAAAAAUCUAGUACAAGCAUUGCUGUUUGGUUCAAUUGUUGAAAUUGAAAAUAUUCUUUGUGAAAAAUUUGAAGCUACAUUUUCAGCAGAGAAUGAUUCGGUGGAAAAAUGUAGACAAAUAAUUAAUAUUUGUUUGGAGAAGAAAAUUGAUGUUAAUUUCGAAGGGACAAAGUAUAAUGCUUUAUUAUAUUUUGUAAUAAAAUAUCUUGACGAAGAUUUUAAAUCAGUUAUUAAUAAAUGCGAAGACUUUGAUGUUAAUGAAUUAAUGCAUUCAAAUGAAAUGUCUUUACUUCAUUCAGCGAUAGAAGGCAAAAAACAGAAUGUAGUGGAAAUUUUAAUAGAAUUUGGUGCAAAUGUUGAUGUAAAAGACGGCAGUCAACAAACACCUUUAUUUUAUGCCGUUGAAAGUAAACAAAUAGAAAUAGCAGAAAUGCUUUUGAAAGCGGGAGCGAAUGUUAAUGCGAAAGAUCUCGAUGAUAUAAUGCCAAUUAAUUUUGCUUUUGGCGAAAGAGAAGAUACUAAUGGCAAUGAAAAAUACAAACCCUCGAAAUUAGUAAAGCUCUUGUGCUCAUAUGGAGCUGAUUUGAAUUUCAAAAAUGAAAAUGGCAAUAUGACAUUACUUUCGGUUUGCAAAAAAGGCAAUUUCAAGGAAAUAGAAUUUUUGAUUGAACAUGGAGCUGAUUUAUUGUCGAGUGAUGAGGACGGCAAAACGGCAUUACAUUAUGCAGCUUUAGGAUUUAAUUACAAUAUUGUAGAGUUUCUAUUGCGUAGCGGUUUUGACAUUAAUGCAAAAUAUUUUUUCAACGACAAUCUUGUUCACACGCUGGCAAAUUUUUCGAAGGAUUUAUAUACAGUGCUUAAUUUACUAGUAGGCGAUGGAAUUAUCAAUAAUGUAUUAAAUGAAACACACUAUAAUGGAAUUAAAGAGUCCGCAAAUAUGGUUGAAUUUUUUGCCGAUAAUGGCGCAGAUAUCAAUUCUUUUAUGCAUGAACGCUAUACUCCUUUGUUGUCAAGUGUUCAAAGUAAUUAUCUUGAAAUUACCGAAUGCCUUUUGGAGUUAAACGCCAAAAUUCACAAAAAAUUAUUUAGAAGAUAUUAUUACUGUAGUUAUCCUAAUCUUCACGUCAAUCCAAAGUUGCAUUGUAAUAAAAUUACAAGUUGGGUACUACUAACAGCUUUUUCAGCACUUAAAAAUAUCAAUUUGAAUGAUUAUCGUAUUUCACGUAAAAAUUUUCAAUGGGUCAAGUCCUUUUUUGAAGAGUGCAAACAGGAAGUAAUGAAAAUGCAAGAAAGAAGAAUAUGGGCUGAUCGAGAAGUUUCAUUUUUUGAUUUUCUAAAUGAAGAUUUGUUGAAGGUGACAAAAUAUUUGAGAAAUGAUGAUGUGAUGUCUGUUUUGGAAUCUGAAAAAUAUGAUGAAUUUCCAGAUUACAAAUAUUUGUUUGAAAAGCGAAUAGAGAGAGUGCAGAAAAUGAAAAAUUGUCUGAAUGUUUUUCUUUGUUUUCUCAAGGAAUUUUUUGAGGGAAAUUUACCAAUCGUGGCAUUUGAUAAAAUAAUUAGUUACUUGACAGCUGGCAAUCUGCGCAAUUUUGGAAGAGCAUUGUGUAUAACGGAAGAAUCACCUAAUGGAAAAUAUUUCGUUGUUCACGAAAAAUAAUAAAUUUCAUACGUUGUAAGAAACAUUCACGUUAAAAAAAAGUAUUGUUGACAAUAUUUUUCUAAUUAUGUAAUAAUUACCCACUACUUCGAAUUUCAAAUUUAUUUUGGUUUUCUUAAUAAAAUUUUUAAAUAACACCAGUUUUCUUAGAAAUUUUUUUUUUUAAUUAUUUUACUAAAAAUUGUUAAACCGCAUAAGUAGGGCUCUCCUUUUUGAAAUAAUUACCCUAAAAUAAUUUGUGUUUCUUUUAUUAAAAAUA